GAUCCGUGAGUCAAAUUUAGGAGGUUGAAAGGGACGAGGCUCGCAAAAAAUCACCUCUCACUUACUCUGCGGCCGAGCAACCAUCCAUCCAAAGCAACGUAGUACCACCAUGAAGAAGUUCGCCAUCCUCUAUAUCACAUGGACGGCAUUGCUGCUUGGCGUUGCUUCGGAGUCGUCUUCUCCAAAACGACGGAUGCGAGGAGGGGGAGAUCAAGUCGCAGAAGAUCUGACUCCAGCACGCCACCUUUUGAGGAACCCCACCAUUUACUCGAACGGCUUUGAAACGGCAUCCAGCCUUGGAGAAGUCUCUCUCAGUAACAACCUCUUUCUCGGGACUACGGGGUCUACAGAUCAAAUCCGACUCGCUUCUAGUAUGACUACGUACGGUCAGUUAGGAGGAGGAGUGCGCAUUCGUUUGUUUGACGACGACAACGACAGCAUAUAUAACCACGGCAAAGUCUCUGCCGGCAUCGAGUUUACCUUUGAUUCCCCAUUCGAUGUCAAUGAAGCGGAGAUCCGGUUUGCCUAUCGGGUGAAUUUCGCCGAUGGUUUUCAAACGGCAGACGUAGGUCAAGUCUUGUUGGAUGUGGAUGGUUCCGUCCAAGUCGUCGAAGAGUACAGGGGUUACACUACGUACUCGGGAGCCACUUGGAAAGCAGCAACUUUGAGCAUUGGUUCGUUGGCUCAAGGAACGAGCCAUACAAUCAAAUUGGGUGGAUACCUCCACUAUGCUCCUUCGGAAGUAGCACAAAUGCCUGGUGAGCCCGAACCAACUCGACCUCGCAACCGCUUUCAAAUCCGAAUCGACACCAUUGAGAUAGUGCAGGCUUCCUAGCUAGUAGUAGCUAACAAUCGAAUGAAUAGCGUUGCGUCUUAGUCUGACCUUUUCUUAUGCUGGAAACAAAUAGCUAGGCAGGUCGCGUCAAAGCAAUACA